GGAGUCUGCGCUGCGACCAAUCGCGGCGCAGCGCGGGAGUUUCAAACUCCCUGAGCCCAAUCAGGGUGCUGCUGCGUCUAUAAAGGCAACCGGCGCGCGUCCCCUUCUCAGUCGUCUCUCGGCACAGGAGAAGCUCUCCACUUGCUCUCUUACCAUGGCCCGUACCAAGCAGACCGCCCGUAAGUCCACCGGUGGCAAGGCUCCCCGCAAGCAGCUGGCCACCAAGGCCGCCCGCAAGAGCGCGCCGGCCACCGGCGGCGUAAAGAAGCCUCACCGCUACCGGCCCGGCACCGUGGCCCUGCGGGAAAUCCGUCGCUACCAGAAGUCGACGGAGCUGCUGAUCCGCAAGCUGCCCUUCCAGCGACUGGUGCGAGAAAUCGCCCAGGACUUCAAGACCGACCUUCGCUUCCAGAGCUCUGCCGUCAUGGCUCUGCAGGAGGCCAGCGAGGCGUACCUGGUGGGGCUGUUUGAGGACACGAACUUGUGUGCCAUUCACGCCAAGAGAGUGACCAUCAUGCCCAAGGAUAUUCAGCUGGCCCGCCGCAUCCGCGGUGAGAGGGCGUAAGGCGCUGCUUUUCCUUUGCGGAAAGCCCACACCCCAAAGGCUCUUUUCAGAGCCACCCAUCUUCUCACGAGAGUAGCUGUGACCGCGUUACACUGACUCCCGGCCCGACUUUGCCCCUUGUCCCGCGUCCCUCUUCUGUCGUUCUGCUCGUCCUCAAUGUGCGCAGGGACGUAAAGGCGUAGUUAAGGGACAAAGCCUUAACCUCUUCCCCCCCCCCCUCCCAAAUCGCUCCCAAUUGGUUCUAUUUCGUCUCCUUGUCCCCUGCAGCGCGGGCAGCCCGCUCUUUCCUAAAUAGAUAUUCUAUAUUGUGCGUGUAUGCCCAAGAGAGCGUCUCCUAGUCAUGAAAGGCAGUUUGACCAGAUGCUUGUGACUGCCUUCCUUUCUAAAUCCUCACCUAUCUUGCCUUUUUGUCAUGCCAAGUCUUAGUCC